AUGCCUACUGCUACCGAAUACUUUGGCAUAACUGUCAGCAACAUUGGUCCUCUCACUACGACUUACAUGCCUCCUCCGGAAUGCACCAGGGCAACAACCGAUCAUCUCGUCUAUGCCCUCGAGAGCUCCUUGGGAGUUGGAUUUGGUUCUCCUGAUUGUCAGAUUGACCCUUAUGGAAAAUGUCUUCCCUCUGGCGCCGUCAUGGAUUCCAUCAUCAAAGAGUACAGUAACCCAAAGUCUGCUGGACAAGGUUUUCAACCGUUUCACUCUCCUGGGAUUCACUGUCCCGAAGGUUGGACUACCGCUGGGUUACUUGCACACGGUGAUAAGACUGGCUCCGCGUAUAGGAGUGGUGUAUUUACCUCCACGACGAGCGUAAACUCAUCGCUACCCCAGCAGAUGGGCUCUGAUGAAUGGUGGCUCAAAGUCUUGGAGCCUUCCGAGACCCUUGCGUGGUGCUGCCCAAGCGGCUGGGCUUCUCUCCCCUAUGGGUAUUGCAGGUCCUCUAUUGCCCCUGCUCUUUCAGCCGGCUACAGCAGCGCUUGUUAUCAGGGAAUCGCCGAGACCGCGGGUGUUGUCACCGUCCACACAGUCGAGGGUGAACCUGUUUCUGAUACAGAUGGGAUUAUCUCUUUCCUCCCCGACAAAACUUGGACCACGGAGACGGUUGCGUUGACUGAAUAUUGGAGUGAUCCUAGUUUGGUUGCAUCGAUGGUUAUUGCUAGACAGUUUCCUGUGGUUGAGAUGAUCUACAAAGCUGAAGAUGUCAAGGCUGCGAAGAAUGGGUCCAAGGAUGACGAAGAUGAUAAGGAUGGGAAGGCUAAGGACGAUGGUAAUGCUGCUUCGGCUCUUUCAAGGGUCGGAGGGGUUGCCUCCGGGGUUGCUUUGAUGGUCGGGUUGCUGACCGGAGCCGGUCUGUUGAUGCCUUGGUGA